AAGCUAGUUAGAAAAAGUUUCCCCGGUGAGUCCGAGAUCCACAUGCAUCUUAUAAGAUCCCACCGCCUCUGCUCCGCCGUUGCAGCGCCUUCUUCCGCCUCCGCAAAAUUACGUUUUCCUGCCGGAAUCUCCCGCGUAGCAAGACUAAAAACAAAAAAAUAUUUCCCCGCUUUCCACCUUCACAUGAACACUAGCGCAAUCCUUCCGUAUUCGAGCUGGAAUUUCAGCAGUUUCAAUUGUGUGAGGAUGGAGGCCAACAUUGUCUGGACAUUCUUCACUUUUCUAUUCGGUGUCACUGCCUUGUGCGUUUUACGCCGCAAGAGCAUCGAUUCAGCGAGGGGAAAGAAUGAUGGCAUGAAACGUGGAGGGUCUGAGAUUCGGAGCAACUCGAGCAAUGGCGAAUGCCGACCCGAUGAGGACUCCGAACCGGAUGUUAUUAUAGUCGGAGCCGGCGUUGCCGGUGCGGCUCUUGCUUAUACUCUUGGAAAGGAUGGCCGACGAGUACGUGCCAUUGAUAGAGACUUAUCAGAGCCGGACAGAAUUGUUGGUGAACUAUUACAGCCAGGGGGGUAUCUCAAACUCAUUGAACUGGGGCUUGAAGAUUGUGUUGAGAAUAUUGAUGCUCAGCAUGUGCUUGGCUAUGCUCUUUUCAAGGAUGGGAAAAGCACUAAAUUGUCCUAUCCCCUGGAGAAGUUUCAGUCUAAUGUGGCUGGAAGAGGUUUUCACAAUGGACGCUUCAUACAGAGGAUGAGGGAGAAAGCAGCCACACUUCCCAAUGUACAACUGGAGCAAGGUACUGUAACAUCUCUGCUCGAGGAAAACGGAACUAUUAAAGGUGUACAGUAUAAGACCAAAGCAGGUGAGGAGGUAAAAGCAUAUGCCCCUCUAACAAUAGUUUGUGACGGAUGUUUUUCAAAUUUGAGGCGUGCUCUCUGCAAUCCUAAGGUAGAUAUCCCCUCAUGUUUUGUUGCUUUGGUACUGGAGAACUGUCAACUUCCGUUUGAAAACCACGGGCAUGUUAUUUUGGCAGAUCCUUCUCCCAUCUUGUUUUAUCGAAUUAGUAGCUCAGAGAUUCGCUGUUUGGUUGAUAUACCAGGGCAAAAGCUCCCUUCUGUUUCAAGUGGUGAGAUGGCAAAAUAUUUAAAGACACUAGUAGCUCCACAGGUUCCAACUGAGCUGCAUGAUGCCUUCAUCUCUGCUGUUGAUAAAGGAAGCAUUAGAACCAUGCCCAACAGAAUCAUGCCAGCAGCACCUUAUCCUACCCCUGGAGCUCUAUUGAUGGGUGAUGCUUUCAAUAUGCGUCAUCCUUUAACUGGUGGAGGGAUGACCGUGGCACUCUCUGACAUUGUUGUGCUACAGAAUCUUCUGAAGCCCUUGCAUGACUUGAAGGAUGCUGAUUCAUUGUGUAGAUAUCUUGAGUCAUUCUACACCUUACGUAAGCCAGUGGCAUCCACCAUUAACACUCUGGCUGGAGCCUUGUACAAAGUAUUCUGUGCCUCCACCGAUCAAGCAAGGAAUGAAAUGCGCGAAGCAUGUUUUGAUUACUUGAGCAUCGGAGGGCUUUGUUCAAGAGGACCUGUUGCUUUGCUCUCAGGUCUAAAUCCUCGCCCACUAAGCUUGGUGCUCCACUUUUUCGCUGUUGCUAUAUUCGGUGUUGGUCGGUUGUUGGUUCCAUUUCCUUCUCCAAAACGAUUGUGGAUUGGAGCCAGAUUAAUUUGGGUAUGCAUACAGCAUCCUCUUGAAUGGACAUUUCUGCUCGUAUAUCUGCCAACUUUAUUGAACGACACAUUUUCAUCUCUCAGGCUGCAUCGGGUAUCAUCUUUCCGAUCAUAAAAGCUGAAGGGUUCAGACAAAUGUUCUUCCCUGCUAUGAUUCCUGCGUAUUUUCGAGCUCCUCCAAUCAAAUAAAUGGUGGCAGAGGUUUCGGUUACUGUGAAAAUGAGAAAGAAGAGGCAGUAGAGUUGUGCAGAAAUGAAAUAUAAGCAGAUGUCGAAAAUGUGUGCAUAGUUGUGUAUUAAAUGCUAACUGCAGCAGCUUCUCAAUCAAUCCUUGUGUAUAUACUUUCCAAUUUAAAAUUUUGGGAUAAUCAUCCUUCGAUUUUAUGUCAAACAACUCAGGAUAUUCUCUUCAAUCGCAAGGGAUUUGUCGAGGUCUAUGUUA